CUCCCCCAAUUAUCCUUCCCCUUCCCUCCUGGUCUCCGAGGACCCCAUCCUAGCCCUACCUGUCUCGGCCCGCAACCUCCCCGAAGCCGUCGGUGCCACUCCCAGCCCAUGUGGGCCCCCGCGGGCUGCCCACGCCAGUCCCCCAGCUCCCUGUUCCGCUGGGCUUUCCCCUCGCCAGGGGUGGCUUUCUGAGCCGCCCGCUCCGUGCCCCUCUCUGCAGCCUCUCCUGCCACUCGGGGCCCCCGUUCCCCCUCCCGGCGGCGGGGGGCUGCCCCCGGGGGGCUGGCGGAGCUGGGCCGCGGGGGCCCCGGGGCCGGCGGUGCCGGGGUCAUCGGGAUGAUGCGGACGCAGUGUCUGCUGGGGCUGCGCACGUUCGUGGCCUUCGCCGCCAAGCUCUGGAGCUUCUUCAUUUACCUUUUGCGGAGGCAGAUCCGCACGGUAAUUCAGUACCAAACUGUUCGAUAUGAUAUCCUCCCCUUAUCUCCUGUGUCCCGGAAUCGGCUAGCCCAGGUGAAGAGGAAGAUCCUGGUGCUGGAUCUGGAUGAGACACUUAUUCACUCCCACCAUGAUGGGGUCCUGAGGCCCACAGUCCGGCCUGGUACGCCUCCUGACUUCAUCCUCAAGGUGGUAAUAGACAAACAUCCUGUCCGGUUUUUUGUACAUAAGAGGCCCCAUGUGGAUUUCUUCCUGGAAGUGGUGAGCCAGUGGUACGAGCUGGUGGUGUUUACAGCAAGCAUGGAGAUCUAUGGCUCUGCUGUGGCAGAUAAACUGGACAAUAGCAGAAGCAUUCUUAAGAGGAGAUAUUACAGACAGCACUGCACUUUGGAGUUGGGCAGCUACAUCAAGGACCUCUCUGUGGUCCACAGUGACCUCUCCAGCAUUGUGAUCCUGGAUAACUCCCCAGGGGCUUACAGGAGCCAUCCAGACAAUGCCAUCCCCAUCAAAUCCUGGUUCAGUGACCCCAGCGACACAGCCCUUCUCAACCUGCUCCCAAUGCUGGAUGCCCUCAGGUUCACCGCUGAUGUUCGUUCCGUGCUGAGCCGAAACCUUCACCAACAUCGGCUCUGACUGGGACACAGGCGGAAGCCUAGGAGAGCCGAAUCAGUGUUUGUGAAGAGGCAGGACUGGCCAGAGUGACAGACAUACGGUGAUCCAGGAGGCUCAAAGAGAAGCCAAGUCAGCUUUGUUGUGAUUUGAUUUUUUUAAAAAAACUCUUGUACAAAACUGA